GGGAAUGGCUGAGCCAUUACAAACAUUGAAUCUAUCUCCCCUUUUUCCAGAUUUGGAAAAAAACAUUGCUGGGGAGGAAUCCAAUGAAUUUACUAAUGAGCUGGUGUUUUUGAAGAAAAGAUCAAAGUUACCAUUUGCUCAACGAGAUGAAACUGCAUAGUUUCUUAGUAAAGUUCUUGCUGGUAACAUUUUGGCAUCAAAGUUACUAGCUGAAGUAGUUCAUUAGGAUGUUGUAUUUACAGACCCACUGGAUGCAGUAAAGGAGAUAAACAUUCCACAAGAUAUUAUGGGUAUCUGGGUGGAUACUAUAGAUUCCACUUCCCAGUAAAUAAAAGGUUCUGCAGAUGUCCAGCCAAAUCAAGGAGUUUUCCCAUCUGGGCUUCCAUGUGUAACUAUUUUAACUGGAGCAUAUGACAUACAAACUGGGAUGCCUUUGAUGUUAGUCAUCAAUCAACCAUUUGCAGCACAAGAUCCAAGGAGAGAGAGUAAACAUGUUGUGCUCAAUGCUUAUUCAGUCCUCACGCUAGCAAAAAAUCCUAUUGCAGUCAAUAGGAAGUUAGAGUACUUGGUACAAUGUAGAAGAGAUAUACCCAGGCUUCUGGGGCAGAGAGAAGAUUCCAUGUUCAAGUGGAACUGCUAUGCCCCGCAUGCAGUGUUGAGAUCCUUAGGAGGAGGAAUAGUAGACUUGAAAGAAUGCUUAAUGAGAAGACAAGAAAUAAUGCAUGAUGUGCCACAUUUACUAUAUAAUGUAAAAGUUUAAGGGGCCACUGAAACAGAAAAAUGGGCCAGUAAAGGUGGGGUUGCAGCUUACAGAUCUGAGAAACAUUUGGGAAGCUUUAAGUCUUUUGAUUUAAAAACCUCUGUUUGA